AGUGAUUGAGUACAAAGAGAGAAUAUGUUAGACUGGGUUGGCUGAGCUGGAGGAUAUGGAGGGAUUAAGUAUCUUUCAAAGUAAAGCCCAGGGUAGAAAAGUUCCCAAACAAAAAGAAAAGACAUUGAGUUGUCCACAAACUUUAUCAGGUGUUGUUCAUGGUUUUGGGGUGUUUUACUGUUUAUUAGAUCACAAUAAUGAUAAUAAUCUAUUAUCACUUUCGAAUUGGAGACACUAAAACCCUUUUUUUUAAUUUGUUUUUCUAAUUUAAUUUCCCCUUGUGCUGCCACCUCCUUUUCCUUUUGUGUCAAUUGUGGAUUCCUCGGUGAUGAACUAUUCACUGUGACAUAUCUAACCGGUUGAUUCAGGCUGGCAGUGAGUCCACACAGCUAAAUGAAAGUAACAAAGGUUUGAGACCACAUGUUGUCAUGCCAACCCAGCUCAUUGGGUCUAGGCAUGUUGAGCACACAUGUGAACAUCUCGUGAAGAAGCUGUAUAAUGAUCGAGCUCUGUGAACGCCGCUCCUCAUUUUGCCUGAGUCUUUAUCAUUGGACGUUGCUCUGAUUGGCUCCAUCUGACUUCCACCAGGGAAUCAGAGGCAAGGCAGAAAGGCAUUUUUUUUUUUUGUGAACUUUGAGUGACCGCUUUGUUUGUCUGGAAAGAUCAUAGGGGAACAAGCAAGUGAUAUGUUGUGAUUAGUGUUUCAUUUGCUGUUAAGUUGUGAUUGACUUUCAAACUUUAAAUAUGUAGUGCUGGCACCCAUUAACUUUUUUAACUACUGGGGUAGCUCAACAUUUCAAGUUUAUGUUGUUGCUGUAGCAAUGGAUUCUAUUGUUUGUUCCAACCAAUGUUUGGGUGCCACUGACCCGCAAGUCUUUGAGGAGUCAAAUCAGUACUUAAAUUUAUACUUAGCUUUCAGGUAAAGGUUGUUUUUCUUCUGCCUGGCUGCAGAAAAUGAAAUAACAUAUAAUAUUCUCACAUCCUCUUUAUUCAAGUUGUCACAGUGGUUCAUGUCUCAGUUUGGAAUAAAACGUUUCACACUUUAUCCACCCUGAUACAAUAUCUCACCUCACACUGUUGCACACAAAUACGUGGUCUGUAGUAGUUAGCAGUGUCUUUCUAGUGAUCACACUGUGUCAUAUGUUUAUUAUUCUAGAAAGUUGAGCUGCAAUGUUUAGUAAGUAUCCCUAAAUUGUAGAAUUAUUACACUUAUAUUUUUGAUUAUGUACUGUAAAUUUUUUUAAAUUUUUUUGUGAAUCCAAAGAUUUCUGCAUUCAUGUUAUCUUUGGUGCAUACACUGGUUUAAAGUGAGAAGGUUUGUCCCAGAAAGCAAGGUUAUUUUCAGAACCUGAAUCAGACUUUUUAUAAAGGGUAGAUAUAUGUAUAUAUAGAUGUCGCAGCAUCUCAACCUCCCCUCCUUGAUAUCUCGUCUCUCCCUUCAUAUUCUCAGCAACGUGCUGCUGCAGUCAGUGGAUGGUGUGAAGCCUAGGGAAAGAAGCCUGUAAGCACCCAACCAGAAGCAUUAGGUCGCUUCGGGAACCAGGUGGACCACUUCCUGGGAACACUGGCCUUUUCUAAGAUGUUGAACCGAACCCUGGCCGUCCCUCCCUGGAUAGUGUACCGCCACCACACGCCCCCUUACACCAAUGUCCAUGUUCCCUACAGUGAGUUUUUCCAGUUAGAGGCCUUGUAUGCCUACCAUCGUGUGAUCAGUAUGGAGGAUUUCAUGGAGAAGCUGGCCCCUAAACACUGGCCCUUAGGACAGAGGAACGCCUACUGCUUUGAGACUGCUGCACAGCGGAGUGCAGACAAGAAAUCCUGCCCUAUGAAGGAUGGGAACCCAUUUGGUCCAUUCUGGGACUACGUUGGUGUGGACUUUGACAAGUCUGUCCUGUUUGGGGGUAUUUCUUUUAGUGCCUACCACCAACCUCAGUGGAUGAAAAGGUUCCCUCCCUCUGAACAUCCUGUCCUGGCGCUGCCCGGGGCUCCGGCCCAGUUCCCAGUGGUGGAGGAGCAUGUUGCCCUUCAGGGGUAUGUAGUGUGGUCGGACAAGAUGGUGAAGGAGGGAGAGGAGCUCAUCGCCACCUGGCUGACCCGGCCAUAUGUUGGCAUUCACCUGAGGAUUGGCAUCGACUGGCAAAACGCAUGCAAAAUGCUGGAGAGUGGAGAUGCAGGGCCUCACUUCAUGGCCUCUCCUCAGUGUGUCGGCUACAACCGCCAGAGAGCGUUGCCUCUCACCAUGCCCAUGUGCCUGCCUGACCUGGCGGAGAUUCGCAGGGCUGUGAAGCUGUGGGUGAAGAAGACCUCUGCCAUUUCUGUCUACAUUGCCACCGACUCAGAAUCCCACAGUAAAGAAAUUGACAAGAUCUUCAAGGGCAAGGUUAAAGUAGUGACUCUACAACCAGACUCAGCCCAGUUGGACCUGUACAUCCUAGGCCGAGCUGACCACUUCAUCGGCAACUGCGUCUCCUCCUUCUCUGCGUUCGUAAAGAGGGAGCGGGAUGUGCAUGGCCUCCCGUCCUCCUUUUUUGGCAUGGACAAGCCUGGGAUACCAAAUCCUAAAGUUGAGCUAUGAGUAUGACUGUUAAACAGUUUCCCUCAUGGCGCUGUUGAUGGAUGACUGUCACAAGGAGGCAGGACAACAUGUGAAAAGCAGAGAAAAUGUAUGACAGUUCUAAAUGAGUGAAGCAAGAUGAGAAACAGGGUCAUGGAUAGGUUCCAUUUUAGGAUGGGUUUUAAUCUGUGAGAAAGAAGGGCCAGGGUGUAGCAGGUGGGUAGUAUUCAUGUUUGUAAAAUGUUGCUGCUGCCAAAAGUUUGAAAAUGCAAUUUGCUGUCUGUUCUCUGCUUGAAAAUCAAGUAUCUGAAUGUUCCCUCUAAAGUUUUGGCCGUUUCCUUUACAUUUCCUUUGGUAUAACUGCAUUCUGCUGCUGCAAACAUUUUCUACAGUACAGACAUGAGCAGGAAAUCUGAUGAUCUCAGUGUACUCUGGAAAAGACUAAUUGCCUUGUCAGCGAUCAUGAUCUACCUCUAUCUCUUUGGCGGUCUUCCUUCUUUUUCUCCCCAUUACUUUUGUGUCCCUCCUUCUCUUUGCAGCUUGCUCUGUUCUUUCCCUCUUGCUCCUUUCCAAGGAGAGAACAGUAACUGAUCCUCCUGUUCAUACAAUUAUGGGGAGGGGAAAGGAGACAGUCUUUCCACAAGUGUAAUCGUCGACCAAAAACUGAUGAGGUGGUUGAAUGUGACAGUAACAGUGUUGUUAUUCAGUGCAUGUGAAACAAACAUUUUAGAAAGACAAAAGAGUUUAAUUGCGCUUGAUGAAUUUAAUUAAAUGUAAAUAGUAAUGUGCUGCAAGCCAAUUGUCUUCCUCAAUUUGAAUGCAAUGAUGUUGAAGUUUUUUCUAUAAUGUUUUUCAGCAAUAAAGUAUGAACACUAAUGUUGAAA